AUGAACAACUUUGCCGGCAGCAACACUUAUGCGCCGCGCACGGAAACGCCUUCCAUGGGCCUACCCGGCUUCAUGCCACCACCACAGAGCGCGUUGAACACGAACCAAUUGCCCGCUUACGGAUCAUACCAGAGCUCCAAAGCUUCAUGGGAGGCGCAAGAGAGACAGUCCCCGACAGAAUCUGUGGAUGAUAUCUUGGCAUCACCGAACCUGUCCGAAUACUCCCUGGAAAAUGGAGCCGAUUCUGCCUAUACCGGACGACGAUCCAAGCCCAAUAAUGCGAAUGCCAACCCAAACCCAAGGACCCGACCACAAAGGCGUCCCUCAAACCGGGAUGAAUUCGACGGACCGCACCAGUUCCUUCAACGUCCUCCCCCAGAGGUUAUUGCCAUGCAAGAGCGCGAAUUGCCCCAUCUCCCGACAAACUUGCAUGUGCAGGAACAAGACAUGGUGUUGGGUCAGGUCAAUGAUCGCCUGUCCCAAUGCGCCUACGACUUUGUGGCCAAAUACCAGUUCCCUAUUCCUCUGUCGCAGAAUAUGCGACCGGUAGAGCGGCCCCAAGAUCGGGAAUGGACUGAGUGGGUUUAUCUGCUCAAGAGACUCGCAACCAAGCGAAGGAUUCCUGCCCGCGUCUUGUACAACGGUCAGAUAAAGCAAUUCGUGACCAUUCUAGAAAAUUCUUUGGAGAUGAGACACGCCUCCAAGCACCAGAGCCGACCGCUCAAGGAUGACAGGAACAUCUUGCAGCUCAUCUCGGCCGGCAUCCAGGUAGCCAAGAUACUACGAGAUGCCUCGGCAAUGGACUAUCUCGAUCGCCUCUAUAUCUCUACCGAAAAGCAGAUUCAGGAUCGCACUUCGUCGAGAUUUCGAUCCUAA